UUACCCUUAUGGCCGAACUUGGCGGGGUUCGUGCUCGCGCCCACCACGGCGAAUUGAGGGGAGUUGAAGAAAGUUCGGACGGUAGUUUCGGUAGUCAUCUUGAGCAUUAAUAAUAGGUGGAUAAUGGGACAAAUGUGGUCUAAUAAGGUAGGUCUAAUGAAAGAAUAUUAAGAGGGAGAUGCGUUUGUUUGAUAUUGUUAAAUGAGAACGAUCUGCUAGUUCUAAAUGAGUACCUAGGUAAUGUUGAGUUAAAUCGUUGAGAAGCAUAUGACAUAUGAAUGAUGAAUGAUGUAGUGUCCCGGUUCUCUUAUCAAUCCUCGAAGUUGAUAUCCCGAGGCUUACUUAUACCAAAUCUUGGCGCUAUCGGAGCCGAUCGAUGGCGUAUAAUUUACCGGGUGUCGUCUCAUUAGAUCAAUGCAACUGCAGCUGAAGCUUGACAUUUUUCCAGCUGAGUAUCUAAAAGCCCCAACUUAUUCUCGUUAGUUGAGUAGGUUGCAUAAGAGAUGGCGACAUUUGCCCGACCAACAUUUUCAGCAAAAGCCUAUGCAGCUUUUCGGCCGGCUUACCCCCCAUCACUGUUCCGUACCGUGCUGAACUACCACAAGCUACCCGCAUCCAACGGCACAUUACUGGAUCUUGGAUGCGGCCAUGGCCUUAUCGCGCGCUAUCUUAGACCCCAUUUCAAAUCAGUCAUUGCGAUCGACCCGUCAGCAGGGAUGAUAACGCAAGCAAAGCAAACAACGACAGAUCCUACUAUCACGUUUCGUCAGGGUAGUGCCGAGGAUCUGGAUUUCUUAUCUGAUAGUUCCGUAGAUAUGGCUGUUGCGGGUCAAGCCGCGCAUUGGUUUAACUACGGUAAAGUCUGGCCGAACCUCGCCCGUGUGGUGCGUUCCGGCGGCACAGUUGCCUUCUGGGGGUAUAAGGAUAACGUGCUUAUCGGCGCCGAACAAGCUACCGAAAUUAUGGAGCGGUUCGUCUACGGGUUCGGCGAAGUAGCACCGGGCGUAGAGGGAAUGGGUCCGUAUUGGGAACAGCCUGGGCGUAAUAUCCUACGUAAUCUCCUACGCAGCGUGCAGCCCCCGGAAGCAGACUGGGUGGACGUUACUAGGCUAGAGCACGAGCCCGGCGAGGAGGGGACAGACGAGACUCGCUGGUUGAGGAAGAAGAUGAAGCUAGGUGAGGUAGAAGGCUAUGUGAGGACAUUUAGCUGCUUCAUUGGCUGGAAAGAGGCUCAUCCCGAGGCGAAGAGUAGAGCGGACGGUGGAGAGGGAGAUAUACUUGAUAUCAUGUGGGAUCAUAUGGUCGAUUCGGUACCGGAAUGGAAGGCCAUGGGAGAGCGGUGGCGGGAGGCCGAAGUUGAGAAUGAUUGGGGUACUUAUAUAUUAAUGGCUAGGCGCCGGUGAUGUAUGGUAGUACCGCUGGCGCCUUAAUGUCAUGAUCAUAAGGAUCGUAGUGGCCUUAUAGCA